GUUUUCUUUUUCUGUUCUUUUACAUUACACCGAAAUUUGAAUGCUCAUAAAUCUCCUCACUCCUUGCGACUAGAACAGAAAUCAAACAAACGAAGGAGAGAAAGCUUAAACUCGUGAGUUCGUGCACUGCUUCUUCUUCUUCUUCUUUGCGAGCGUCUUCGAAGAAACAACACGAAAAUGUCGGUGCUGAUCGUGACAAGCUUAGGGGACCUUGUCGUUGAUUUGCACACCAACAAAUGCCCCUUGACCUGCAAAAAUUUCUUGAAGCUUUGCAAGAUUAAGUACUAUAACGGGUGUCUAUUUCACACUGUUCAAAAGGAUUUUACUGCCCAAACUGGCGAUCCAACUGGCACGGGAACUGGUGGUGAUUCUGUUUACAAGUUUCUUUAUGGUGAUCAAGCUCGGUUUUUCAGUGAUGAAAUUCAUAUUGAUCUGAAGCAUUCCAAGACUGGAACAGUUUCCAUGGCAAGUGCUGGAGAGAAUCUGAAUGCAUCACAGUUUUAUAUCACUCUGCGUGAUGACCUUGAUUACCUUGAUGGAAAGCACACAGUUUUUGGUGAGCUAGCUGAAGGAUUCGAGACUUUAACUAGAAUAAAUGAGGCUUAUGUGGAUGAGAAAGGAAGACCCUAUAAAAAUAUAAGAAUCAAGCACACAUACAUCCUGGAGGAUCCUUACGAUGAUCCUUCUCAGCUAUCUGAUUUCAUUCCUGAUGCUUCUCCAGAAGGAAAACCUAAAGAUGAGGUUGAUGAUGAAGUGCGACUUGAAGAUGAUUGGGUUCCCAUGGAUGAACAAUUAAAUCCGGCAGAACUUGAGGAGGUUAUUAGAUCAAAGGAAGCACAUUCUAGAGCAGUUGUACUUGAGAGUAUUGGGGAUAUUCCUGAUGCUGAGAUUAAGCCUCCAGACAAUGUAUUGUUUGUCUGUAAAUUGAACCCAGUUACUGAGGAUGAGGACUUGCAUACAAUAUUUUCACGCUUUGGAACUGUAUCAAUGGCUGAAAUCAUCCGUGAUCAAAAGACCGGUGACAGUUUAUGCUAUGCUUUCAUAGAGUUUGAGGACAAACGGUCAUGUGAGCAGGCAUAUUUUAAGAUGGAUAAUGCUUUGAUUGAUGAUCGAAGGAUACACGUGGAUUUUAGUCAAAGUGUGGCAAAACUGUGGUCACAAUACAGGCAGAAAGAUCAAAAGGGUAAAGGUGGUGGUUGCUUCAAAUGUGGUUCUACAGAUCAUAUUGCUAAGGAUUGUACGGGAGAGGCUACAAUGAAACAACCACAAGCAAAAUACAUCUUAAAGGAUGAUAAUGUCCAACGUGGUGGAGAUAGUGCGAGAUAUGAAAUGGUGUUUGAUGAAGAUAAUUCACAACAUCCAAGGCAAGAUGUAAAACACCAAAGGCAUGACAGGGAUGACCCAGUCGAAAGAAAAGAUCAUAGAAGCCGCAGAGAUCAGGAUAUGAUAGACUCAAACAACAGAGAUAGGUAUGGUGAUAGAAGCAGAGGGCAUGGGGGAAAUGGUGAGAACAAAGCACGGUCUGAAAGAGGUGUAAUAGAUUUGGAUUCCAAUGCUGAUAAGAAAGACAGAGAUAGGCACAUGGGAAGACAUGGAGAUGAUGAUUACAAGCGGAAGGAUGAGCAUGAUUCCAGAAAAAGAGACGAAGAUUAUGUCUACAAGUGGAAAGACAAGCGAGACUCAAGAAAAAGAGAUGAAGAUGAUGAGUAUAGAGAAAUACAAACUAGUCGAUAUGAUAGGAGAAACACAGAUUCUAGCCAUUUGGAGAGAAGGAAUAGCAGAGAUUAUAGGAAGAAACCUGAAGACAGUGGAACGCAAGAUAUGAAGAUUGACUCCGGACAAAGAAAAGGAAGUCCAGGUGAUGAGGAUUACAAAAAUGGAAGGGAUCAUGAGGAUUACGAACGUAAAAUGAAGGAUGAGGAUUACAGAAAUAGAAAGGAAGAACGUGUGCAUAAAAGCCAAGAUAUUGAAGCGGAUGAUGGCUACAAACGUAGAAGGGAGGAUGCAGAUUACAAACGCAGAAGGGAUGAUGGAGAUUACAGACAUAGAAGGGAAGAACGUGGACAUGACAGGAGAUGAUUAUUGGUGUCACUAUAUCCUAAUGCUAAGCACAGAACCUUUGAACGGCUAUCUUGUAUGUCCCUUUUGCUUCAAUUUUUCUGGUGGAGCAAGAUAUUGAUAUGUUUUAGAACAAGGUUUUUGAAGUAUUCUACAUUUACUACUUAGAACAUAUUUAAUUAUUUUUACAUAGCUUCAGAAAACUUGUUUUCAUAUUCCGUGCACAACAGCACAGUUAAGUUUUCAUGUUCAGCUAAUUGUUAAAAUGGUGUUUGACUUAACUAACGCAGCUAUAUUCGCGUUAUAUGGGAUGUGUAGUAGUGUAGUUCAUAAGAAGGGAAACUUUAUGUACUAACUACUACAGUAGACAAGUGGUUAAACUUCAA